AUGUCACUUCUUGAAGAUGCGAAGGUGACUGAAAGAAAGCGACCGAAAAAAGCAAAAAUUGCUUCAGAUGAUUCGGAUGUAAAAGAGAAGAAAGUAGAAGUUCCGAAAGAAUUCAAGAAGUUGGCUAAAGCUGUUGGUCUCCCAAAAGAUCACCUCGAAUUCUUCUACGAGUACCGAGAAAGCUUCCACUGGGAGGUGAAGAAGGACAACAGUAUUUACUGUACUGGGAAAUGCGGCAACUGCAAAUUCAGCAGCAAAGUCAAGAAAAACUGCCUCGUCGAACACAUGAUCUCUGUCCACAAUCACGGCGACUUCAAAUGCAAAGAACAAAACUGCAAAUAUGUUGGAUUCUCUCAUGGAAAUCUUCAGCGGCACACAGCGCAAUUCCACGGGAUGGGCAAAGUCGGGUACAAGCUCAAUAGAGUGCUUCAGUGCAAGUAUUGUGAUUACAGCUCGAGUCAGCGGAAAGUUCUCGACGAGCACGUGGCUGUGCACGAGAAUAGGCUCCACCAAUGCGAGUUCUGUACUUAUAAAUGUGCGACGCUGACAAAUCUGAAAUACCAUCUCUUUGCCCACUUCAAUAUCCGACCAUUUGAAUGUCAAACCUGCUCGGCUACUUUUCCCAGUCAAUCCAAACUCGACUUCCACAAGAAGUUUCAUUCAAAAGACUUUACGUGUAAUCAUUGCCUUGAAACCUAUCCUACUCAUAACUUGCUCGAAAAACACUUGAAAGUCUGCAGAGUCAGAAUUCAAAAAUUUAGGGAUAGUCGAUGA